AUGGAAGAAUCUACUCCGGCGACCAACGGCUACCACCAGAAUGGAGUCUCUCAGGAUGAAGCUCCGCGGUGUACACUCUGUGCAAAAGAAGCUCCUCGCGAUGUCCUAGACAUGGAGGAAGUCCGAUCCCAUUUUCCCAUCCUCAAGCAAGGAACAACGGUGCCGUUCAACAAUGCUGCCGGAACUGUCGUGCUCAAGGAGGCCGUGGAGGCGGCGAGCAAGCUCAUGUACGACAUGCCCAUCGACCACGGCGAUGGCGAUCCGCGAAGCAACGCCGCGCAGGCCGAGUACGCAAGCGUCAUCAACCAGUGCGCCGGCUUCAUCAACGCCGACCCGUCCGAGAUUGUUUUCGGACAGUCAACCACCGCCCUGCUGCGGCUGCUCGGGCAGUCCCUCCGGAGCUAUCUACAGCCGGACUCGGAGAUGGUGUGCUCCACGCUCUGCCACGAGGCAUCCGCCAGCGCCUGGAUCCAUCUCGCGCGCAGCCUCGGCAUCACCAUCAGGUGGUGGACGCCCGCGCUCGAGGACGAGGACAGCCCGUGCCUGACGCCCGACUCGCUGCGGCCUCUACUCACCCCCAAGACGCGCCUGGUAACCUGCAACCACGUCUCCAACGUGGUCGGCACCAUCCACCCCAUCCGGGAGCUCGCCGACCUCGUGCACACGAUCCCGGGUUGCCUGCUCGCCGUCGACGGCGUCGCCUGGACCCCCCACCGCCCCGUGGACGUCCAGGCGCUCGACGCCGACUUUUACUGCUUCAGCUGGUACAAGGUGUUUGGGCCGCACCUCGCGCAGCUCUACGCGGCCCGCGGCGCGCAGCAGCGCUGCCUGAGCAGCAUCAACCACUUCUGGUUCGACCCGGCCACGCUCGACGGCAAGAUGCACCUCGGCGCGGCGUGCUACGAGCUCGAGGUCAUGUGCGCGCCGAUCACGCGGUAUCUCGGCGCGCUGGGCUGGGACGCCAUCGUCGCGCAGGAGACGCUCCUGACGAGAGUGUUCUUGGAGUACCUGCUGGCGCGGCCGGGGGUCUAUCGCGUGUUUGGGCGGCGCACGCCGGAUCCGGAGCGGCGCGUGUCGAUUGUGAUUUUCGAGGUGCGCGGGCGGCAGUCGAGCGAGGUGGUCAUGCAGGUGCAUGUGAGGGAUCGCUUCCGGAUUACUUGGGGGGACUGCUGGGCGCCAAGGCCGACGUUUGACAACUUGAGGCCGAGUAGUGACGGCAUUAUCCGGGUCAGCUUCGUGCACUACAACUCGGUGAGCGAGGUGCGGGAGCUGUGUGAGGAGCUGGAGCGGAUUACGUGCCCGUUGAAGAAAGAGGCCGAGGCCAACGGGCAUAACGGGGAAGAAGAGGCCGCCCAGGCCAACGAACAUGGCGGACAGGAAGCGGCUGUCCAGGCUAAUGGGCAUGGAGGGCAGGAAGCGCUGUCCAGCAGCACGAUUUGA